AUGAAGUGGCUCAUCCUGGCCCUGGUCUGUCUCCAGCUCUCAGAGGGGUUGGUGAGAAUCAAACUGCAGAAAGCCAAGUCUAUACGGGAGAAAAUGAAGGAGGCUGGAGUGCUGGAGGACUUCCUGAAGAAAAUUAAAUAUGAUCCAGCUAAGAAAUACCACUUCAGUGAGGACUAUGUUGUGUACGAGCCGAUGACUAGCCACCUGGAUUCCUUCUACUUCGGGAAUAUCAGCAUGGGGACCCCCCCGCAAGACUUCUUGGUGCUUUUCGACACCGGCUCCUCCAACCUGUGGGUGCCUUCCAUCUACUGCCAGACGCCGGCGUGCUCCGACCAUGCAAGGUUCAAUCCCAGUGAGUCCUCCACCUUCACCUCCAACGGCCAGUCCUACACCCUCUCCUACGGCAGCGGCUCGCUCACGGUGGUGCUGGGCUACGACACACUGACGCUCCAGAGCAUCGCGGUCUCAAACCAGGAGUUCGGGCUCAGCGAGAGCGAGCCAACCGAGCCUUUCUACUAUGCUGAUUUUGAUGGGAUCAUGGGAAUGGGCUACCCCUCACUGGCGGUGGGAGGGACACCCACCGCGCUGCAGGGCAUGCUGCAGCAGAACCAGCUCACCCAGCCCAUCUUCAGCUUCUACUUCUCUCGCCAACCCACCUACGACUACGGGGGAGAGCUCAUUCUCGGAGGAAUUGACACUCAGCUCUUCUCUGGGGACAUUGUGUGGGCACCAGUGACCCAGGAGCUUUACUGGCAGGUGGCGAUUGAUGAGUUUGCUAUCGGGCAGUCAGCGACCGGCUGGUGCAGCCAGGGCUGCCAGGCCAUCGUGGACACAGGGACGUACCUGCUGACGGUGCCCCAGCAGUACAUAGGCGUCUUUGCUCAGGCUCUUGGUGCCCAGCCGACCAACGAAGGUUAUGCAGUUGACUGCAGUGAGACCCAGAACAUGCCCACCAUCACCUUCGUCAUCAACGGAGCUCAGCUCCCACUCAGCCCCUCCGCCUACGUCUCGAACAACAACGGCUACUGCACUCUUGCAAUUGAGGAGACCUACUUGCCUUCCCAGAACGGGCAGCCGCUCUGGAUCUUGGGUGAUAUCUUCCUGAAGGAGUAUUACACCAUCUUUGACAUGGGUAACAACAACAUUGGCUUCGCCUCGUCGGUGUAG